UUCUGUUCAGUGUUUGACUGAUUAUGUUAUAAUAUCAAAAUGCAUAUUAGUCGAUGUUCAGCAGCUCUGCUUUGUACCUUUGUUUUGUUUCUCUUCAUUAUACAAGGCUUACUCAUAGGUAUGCUGAUGUGGUAUAUAUGUGAUAAUGCAAGUGUUCCGUCUGGUGGCUCAAACAACUCUAAGGUAAUCGAUGAAGAAAGGCCACGCGAGGAUGAACCAAAGAAACCGUGGUCAGAUAUCCGCCUUCCUAAUAAUCUUAUUCCAAAUUCUUACGAUAUCAACUUGAGACCGAUUCUGGAUGAUGCAACAAGCAAUGCUUUGUAUGGAUCAAUGGACGUUACUUACCUCUGCAAAAUCCCAACGAAGUAUACUUUGUUGCAUUCCAAAUAUAUCAAAUUCGACUUAUCAAAAGUAUCGUUGAAGACUGGAAAUUGCGAUGUCGAAAUAACCAACGUGACAUUUUAUGAAUUACAUGAAUAUGUUAUAUUUGAAUCAAAAGAGAAGUGCGAUGGAGGAAAAUAUUACACACUUUCCAUUUUACAAUAUGUCACGUCUCUGUCACAUAAUUUAUGGGGAUUAUAUCGAAGCACUUUCGAAAUGGAAACAGUAGAAACAAGGACAAUACUUUCAAGUCACAUGCAGCCAACUGGUGCAAGAAAAGUAUUUCCUUGUUUUGAUGAACCUGGAUUUAAAGCCAAUUUUACAAUAACAAUAUGGUUUAGACCUGUUGAAAAUCGUCUCGCAAUCUCAAACAUGCCGGCGAAGAAACACACGACUAAAGAAAUUGAUGGCGUGUUAUGGAAUUCAACAACAUUUGAAGAGACUUUCCCGAUGGCUACUUACAUUUUGGCAUUUGCGAUAUGUGAUGAUUACUCAUUUGCGGAAAGCUCCAGCGCAACAGGGAUUAAGGUACGCACCUUCGCACCAAAAGAGUGGAUUGCAAAUGGCACAGCAGAUUACGCCACCAAGACUGCACCAAUUAUAUUAGACCAUUUCCAAGAUUUCUUCGGUGUUGAAUAUCCAUUAACCAAAGCAGAUCAAAUCGUCGUGCCACAACUUGUAUUUGGGGCGAUGGAAAAUUGGGGAUUGGUAAUGUAUAAAAAGAAGUUCCUUUUGGUUGACGACAAUUCGACUAUUCGUGAUAAACUUGAAAGUGUCAAUACUAUUUCACAUGAACUCGUGCACAUGUGGUUUGGCAACUUGGUUACCCCGACGUUUUGGAACGAUAUUUGGUUGAACGAAGGAUUUGCAACAUAUUUUUCAUAUUCUGGGGCAGAAUCUGUUUAUUCAACAUGGAACUCGAAACAAUUAUUUUUCCUGGAAAUUUUUUAUCAAGCAAUGGACGCGGAUGACAUUAACUCGUCACACCCUAUAAUACAUGAAGAAGAAAGACCAGAUUCAAUAUUCGAAAUGUUUGACGCCAUUGUUUACAAAAAAGGUGGGUGUAUGUUACGCAUGAUCAACGCUUUUCUCGGCGAUGAAGUAUUUAUGAAUGGACUUAAAGCGUACUUGAAAGAUCUUUCUUACAACACAACUACGACAGACACACUGUUCAAAUAUUGGGAGAAUGCAAUUAACAAAACAGAAAAUUCGUAUCCGGCAUCCAUAUCAGAAAUGUUGACACCGUGGACUACACAAGCUGGAUAUCCACUUUUGAAUGUUAAAAGGGAAAACGAUGUGUAUUCAAUAACGCAAGAGAGAUUCUUGAGAGAUGAGGAAUCUUCAUACGAUAAGUAUAGAAUGGAAUUAAUAUGA